CAUAUGCAUCGUCAAAGAAAAUACAAAGAUUCUAGUUGUCCUCAAUACAUACGUUAAUAGCACACUUACUGUCUAGUACUGCUACUGUAUUAAUUCAUAUUAUUGUCUAUUCGGUUACAUAAUCGGUCGCAUCAAUUUCGCGGUUUUUCGUUCAACAAAUAAUUUGAAAAUGUUCAAAGUCUCAGCUUUAUCGUUUGUACUUUUAAUACUCGUCGAUCUCUACUAUGGAUUCGAAACCGGUGCACCAGAAGGUGUUUGCGUGGACAUGAAACCAAAACAUCUCAACGCCAAACCUCAACUGCCUCCGUCACCUUAUAAAAUAUCUGUCAGUAAAUUCAGCAUCGGAAGUAGUGAAAAAAUCGAUGUAACUAUCGAAGGUACUGAAGUAUUCAAAGGAUUCCUGUUGCAAUGCAGAAAUUCCCAAGGAGUACCGGUUGGUAAAUUUGAAAGCCAUCCUUCGGGUCAGACUUUGAACUGUGCUCCAGGAAAAGACAAUGCUCUUACUCAUCGUAACGCCACAGACAAAUAUUCGCUUGUAUUCAAAUGGAAACCUGCUGGAUUUAAAGGAACAGCUGUUUGCAUAGGAACUGUUGUCAAAUCGGCUCCUAUUUUCUGGACUCAGUUAAAAUCGCCACAAUUCGAAGUUGUCUAAGAUGAAAAUAUCCGUGCGAUACUCGUAAUAUUUGGAUGUACCUACUUCGUAAGGUUUAAAUUAAGACGAAUACUUUUUUUUAUAAUCAUUACAAUUUUGUAAUAAUUUUAAGAUACAAAUGAAAAAACGUGUUUUCGAUUUUUCA